AGGGGGAUGUAUGAGUAGGAAUUGGAUUUUCUGGGAGCCACACGUUGAAUUUCUCAUUCCCAGGUCAAACCGACUUCAGGAAUGCUCCUUAGAGGCGUCAUUUUGAGAGUGGUGUUCAAAGCGCACUGCAGUCAGCUCUUCACAGGAGCUGUUUGUCUUCAUUACUAAUUCAAAUUGCCACUGUGUGUUUUGGAUGAUGGUGGUGCCUGGAAAUGUGCCGGUCAUACAGCAGGAUCAUGCUUUCGAGCCAGCCUUAGGACGAGACUCCAUGGAGAACUCAGCCAUGGGUCCUGCCACGGCACCAGCACCCCAGGAAGUGGGUGCAGAGCUGGCGGAGGUGCGGAAGCUGAGGGAGCUGGUGAGGAGGCUGGAGAUAGAGAACCAGCACUCCAGGACCAAGAGCAGCAGGAGUGUGCUUGGGACAGUGCAGAGUGAGCUCCAUACUACUGUGGAUAACCACGGCUCUGGUCUUAAUGGGAUGGAGAUUAAUAACAGCAUCAAUGCCAUCACCGAGAAGCAGGAAUUGCAAAUCAUGGCGGAUCUGCACAGCCAACUAAGCAAGAUAAGGAAAGAGGCAGAAGACAACAACUGCUUCACAAGAGAGAUAGAUGCCCAAAUGCAGUACAGUAGCAGCAGUGCCACUGAGGAAUUGUCUUCCAGCGUGUGUAAGGUGGAAGUGAAGGAUGAUGGUGACAUGAGGUGUACAGUCACGAGUGAUAGUACAGAGCUGAUGGGAAAUGUGGUCCUUGCAGGUGUUGAUUCCUCAGUUAAAGCAAAUGAACAAAAUCCCAGUCAGAAAUGUGGAGAAUCAGAAAGUCUGUCCAGUAACACGGAUCUGGAUGAAGUCAAAGUGUUAGAACUUGAAAAUUGCAAUGAAGAAGAAGACUGCUGGCUCUACGUAUCCCCGAGGAAAUCUGUGGAUCAGAAAACAGCCUCACCUUUAAAAUGGUGCCGGCAGGUGCUGGAUAACCCCAGCCCUGAGACAGAGGUGGCCUGUCGGACUCUGCUGAGCAGACUCGAUCAAGCCAGUAGAUGGAAAAACCUGUAUUGCAGUCCGCUGGCAUCACCAAGCACCCAUAAUCUGAAUACAGAGCCAGGCUCCUGUAGCAAUGCACUAAACUCUCCCGGGCAUCUCAAAUCGACUAACAAAGCACUACUAACCUGUGGCAGCUCAGGUUAUCUGAGCAUGCACUCUGCACUGAGCUCUCAGUCAUCUGUGGACAGCGAGCUGAGUACAUCUGAUGACUCCAUCUCUAUGGGAUAUAAACUGCAGGACUUGACUGAUGUCCAGGUCAUGGCACGCCUUCAGGAAGAAAGCCUCCGUCAGGACUGCGCCUCCAGCUCUGCAUCUGUGUCCCGGCGCAGCUCCAGCGCCUCCCUUCACUCCCUGCGCAGAGGGACCUACAGCGACCAGGAGUUCGACACGUACAGCCUGGAGGAUGAGGAUGACUACGACUGCUCCCUGUCGUACCGCAGCGCGCACAGAUACUCACCGUCUCCGCUCAGUUCACCCCGAUGUCAGUCCCCUUCCUCCAGUGCAGAUUACAGCAGGCCAUCCACAUCCCGCAUCCGUCCCCCAAGGAGAUCUGUGCAAAGUCCCAUGCAGGACCGGCUCAAGUAUGCCAACAGUGAGGAGGAGAUGAGGCACAGCAUGCCCAACCUGGCCAGGACCAGUCUCCGCUCCUUGGAGUCCGUGAGGAGCAGUCGGAGCUUGGAGUCGGAUCUGCAGGUGCCAAGCAGCCGAAUUCCCAGAACCCAGCAGCGGUCAGCAGGUCUGGCUCCCAGUAAGCUCAGGUAUUCCUCCAGUGCUGGGCAGUCUCCCCUGACAGUGCGACAGCCGAUGAAGGCAGGGUCAUGCACAAACUCUCUCCUCACACCCAGGCAGCCAGUGAAAGCCUGCAGUUACACAGGCCCUGUCAGUGGAGUUCGAAAGCCACAGGCAUCUUCACAGCUCCACGCAGGCUCUUCCAGCAGCACUUGCACUACCAGAACCAGUAACAUGGUCACUGUGGCAAAAAACUCCCCCAUCAAAGCCCGCACGUCUGUUGGGGGGAUCUCUGUGCCCAAGAACAAGCCAACGCCGCCAUCCAGGAGGUUUCUACAGUCAGCACAGACCACAGAGGACGAUUCCUGGAAGGAUGGGUGCUACUGACAACCCAACACCCCUGUGAAGCAGACCCCAGCUGGCUGGGCAUGCAAUGGAACUCCAGAGCCCCAUCACAUUGCAGACUGAUGUAUAUAGCUCCUCUCCUCUUGCCACAGACUGUCCUCACCCUGUCACCUGCCAAGAGCCCGACCUCACAGCAGCGGGACAACUCCUUUGCUGUGUUCCCACUGCUGUAAACGUUACUGCAACACGAGUCUUCACAGGAAGACUGCAAAUAGCCUUAUCUCCUUUAAACCUCCACUGCAGCCCUUGGGAAGGUUUGUCACAGCAG